AUGCGCAGUGUGAGCGUCUGCCAUGCAUGUCUCCAAACUCCUUUAUAAACCACCACUGGGUCACCUGCAGAGUCACAGCUCAGGCAAGCAGGGAGACUGAAGCAAAUUACCUUUUCCUUGUUAGAAUAUUAGUCUAUUGCAUUUGCUUGUUGCAGCAUGUGGAAAGCUGUGGUUCUGGCCGUGUGUCUGAUUGUGGCUGAGGCUCAGCCCAUGGAGGAUCCGACGUACGGUGUGAAGCUGUGUGGCCGAGAGUUCAUUCGAGCUGUUAUCUUCACCUGUGGAGGUUCACGGUGGAAACGAUCACUCAGGGGUCCAGAUGUUCCAGAGGACCCGUUCAGUUCCCAUCAGGACGAUUCUUCAGAGGGUUUGAAUCCCAGUUUUUCAGUGGAAAGUCUCCUCCAGAGGAACAAAGAUCUCAGCUUUACACCCAGAAACAACCAGGAGGGGGUUUUCAGCAGGUCGACACGCUCUUUCAUCACUGACGAGAUCCUGGAGGCUCUUCGUAAAGCUGACCGCAAAGGUCGGGAUGUGGUGGUGGGGCUGUCUAACGCCUGCUGCAAGUGGGGCUGCAGCAAAAGUGAGAUCAGCUCUCUUUGCUGAGGGUUGGCUUUGGAAAUCUGUGUGCUUGCAGAUGAUAUUUUUACACUAAUACUUCAUCAUGCAACAAACAUGGACGUUUAUUUUGACUUCUACAGAACCUAAAUCAGUCUUUUUUUUAUGAGUGAAUCUUUAAGGAUUUUGGGUCAAAUUUCUUCCGCUGAUGGAUGAAUAUCACUAAAAAGUGUAUUUUGACUUCAAACCAAUUAAAUUCCAUUGCUGCUGCAACUGUUAAAACCUUGAUGUCAUAAAUGUUUGUUAAAACUGCUGCAUAAAGUCACUCCUGUUCUAGGUCUACCAUUAUUGAUUGCAAACAUUUUUUAUUUUAUUUUUCUAUUGUUUCAUGUAAGAGAGAAUGCUUAUAAAUUCAAAUCAACAACAAUAAAACUGUCACAAAACUGUAAAAAUCUUACAAA